GUCAAACAAAAAAAUUUGAGAAUUAGAUCUCUAAUGCACAAAAAUUGGCGAUUAACAAAAAAGGUUGAAAAUUUACAAUCCCUCGUGACUCAGUUGAAAUCCGGAAAUAUUUCUUCAAAUAAUAAUGUGCGCUUUUCUGAGAUGUGAUACUCGAGAGGAACUCCCAUUUUUUGUAUUUUCGUGACAUAAAUUCGUACAAGAUGUGGGAAGAUCAAGAAAUCAGAUUUGAUUUAUCAUUUUCGCAAAUGGAAAUGCGAAAAGGAGAACAAGUCAUCGAUAGAUUGGAUUUUAUAGAAGAUACAAAAGGUAACAGCGGAGAUAAAGGAAGACUGCUGGUAACCAAUUUACGAAUCAUCUGGCAUUCAUUAUUAAUUGCCCGAAUUAGUCUAUCAAUUGGAUAUAAUUGUGUACAGAACAUUUCAACUAAAGUUGUAAACUCGCGUUUGAAAGGAGUAACAGAAGCGUUGCAUAUUUUGACGAAGCAUAAUGGAUGUCGAUACGAAUUUAUUUUCACCAAUUUAAUUCCUGGAAAUUCUAGACAUUUUACUUCUGUUAUGGGAGUGCAUAAGGCUUACCUUUCGUCGCGAAUUUAUCGCGAAUUAAAACUGAGAGGAGCAGUAAUUCGUAACAAACAACUGAAAGUUCUGGAUAAAGAAAAAUUAUACUUUACUGUCCCAGGAGUUUGGAAUUUAUCGAGUGAUCAGGGUAAUCUAGGUUCAUUCGUUGUGACAAACGUUCGUUUAGUUUGGUUUGCUGAUAUGAAUGAAACGUUCAACGUAUCAUUGCCUUACAUACAAAUAGCAACUAUUCGAAUACGAGAGUCUCGUUUUGGAUUAGCGUUGGUUAUCGAAAGUACGCUAGGAAGCGGCGGAUAUGUGCUGGGAUUUCGUAUCGAUCCUAAAGAGCAACUUUAUAAAGUAACUGACGAAUUACAAACGCUGUAUAAAGUUCACCUAGAUCAUCCGGAAUUCGGUGUUUACUAUUCUGUUACCACUGUUCCUCUUUUACCCGAACAACCACCUCUGGUGCAAGAAGAAAUUACAGAGUUUGACGAAAACUUGAACGAUAUGUCCAAUGCUUUGACAUCAUAUAGCUUAGAUCAGCAUCAAGAAAAUAGUAAUCAACCUGCGUACUGUCCAGAAUUGGGAUUAGCUGUUGAAAAACUGAAAGAAGGAUUUACUAUCAAGCAGUUAUGGGAAGUAAUACCAACAUCUACUGCGGAAUAGAUAAAAUUUAUAGGUACUAAAUUAUUCUUCGUUUUAUUUACUUAUUUGCAUGAAUGUAAUUUAUUCAUACCAACUGUUUCUUCUUUUUUUUUUCGUGAUGAAGAAUAUAUUGUAUUUAAAUGAUUCGUGCCUAUCUGUGAAGUAGCAUUUUUACUAAAUUUUCAAUGAAAUACAACUUACAAGUUUAGUUCAGCA